AUGUUGCACUUGCUCCUUAUGUCAUUCCUGUGCCGCAUUAGCUGCACUGCUGCCUUGGGUCGCAGCAGGAAAUUAAUAGCCAAAGUGGAGCGCGAAGCUAAUAUCUUCGAACGCUUCGGAGUCUCCUCCUACCUGAGUCUACUGGUCAUCUCCGUCCACUCCUCUAUGAGGCAAAGUUGUGUCUUGCUCAUACUUUCCAGUUGUCUUUUUAAAUUGGGUCGCCCCCGAGGACUCCCUCUGUUCAUCGGCAGCGGCACCAAUCACUACUCCUCCCGGUCGGCGAUGAAAGUGGGAUGUGAGUGCAUCCAUGCACUGGCCUAUGCUGACUACACGGACGAACAGGGUCGACCGAUAUAUAAUCCACCAGCGCCAAAUACCCACAUCCGGAUUUUGGCCUCAAAAAUGUAAAAAUUAAAUAAAUUUAUUAAUUAAAGAAAGGCUUUUCCUUGUGUGCCCAAGAUA